AUACCAGAAAGCAGAUGGCUCUCGGAUUAAUAGUCUCCUAAUUUUUAUUAAUUUCUCUGAAAAAUCGCGUUCAAAUUGUGUCUAGUGCAAUUAGCUUUCGUACGGCGUGCCUUGGAGCAUCGAAAAAUCGCUUUUCCAACUGCGAAAGCAGAGAAAGGGAGCUCAAAGGGGAACUGCGAAAAAGUUUUUUGCUUUGUUGUACUCAUUGACAAUGAGAGAGCGAGACGGCAGCUGCCCAGUGUGUCUCUAACCAAAAAAAACAAAACAAAGGGGAGACAAAGGAUAGAAACCCCGAAAAAGACACACAUACACGCACAUCCACUUGCAAUAAGCGUGUAGCCGACAGACAAACGGAAACAAAUGGAGUGCCCCGGAGUCCGGAAAUAGAAGAAAUCCACGGAUAAGACACGCUGAUCCAGUUUCCCAGUGCUUUGCGCGAUCCCAAUAGUGAAGGGGAACGAAAACUCGUCGCCAAACCCUGUGCAUGUGUGUGUGUGGUAUUGGUCGUGUGUGUAUGCGUGUGCAUAUGGGGUUGGAAAACCGUGAAAAGUCAUCGUCUCAAGCGUAAAACUCACUCACCGGGAUCAGGGACUAGAUAAAGAGACAAUGCCGAGUGCCUCGUUCACCUCGUCGCGCACCUACGUGCGCCGCUCCCGUCGGAAAGGAGCCAAUCGGAUCGCCAUGCCCAACCGGCCGUCGGGCAACAUAAUGGACCCCAUGCUGCAGCAGAAUGUAUCCGCCGCGGCGGGUGCUGGGUCCGGACCCAGUACAUCGGGUGCCAGUGGUUCCAGCAAUGCCAACGCCUCCACCAGCAGCAGCAGUGCAGCAGCCGGAACUGCAGCGGCUCCACCUGCCCCUGCCGUCGCCUCUGGUUCGUCGGAGUACUUUGACAGUGGGCAAGGCAGCAGUAGCAAUGCCAGUGGUGGUGCAUCAGGAGCAAGCUCCUCUGGGCUGGCGGCCAUUGUUUAUAACGCCCUACAAAUGAUGGACACAACGGAGAACUCGGGCGCCGGCAGCAGUGGAGCAGCCAGUUCCACACCGCCAGUUUCAUCAUCUUCCAAGUCCACCUGCGCCACAGCCACAGCCGGAUCCAGUACGGCGUCAACCUCCGCUGCCGCAGCCGCAGCAGCUUCGGCAGGUUCUGCCUCCAGUAGUCACCAGAGCCCGUACGACUUGCGCCGCAAGAUCUCCUCCAGCAGCCAUGAGCAGUGGCCGACCUCCUCCUCGACCGCCGUGCUCGUCGGACCCUCGAGCAGCUCGCCGCCGCUGGUGAAUCCCGGCGCCUCGCCCUCCAGCUCCUCGUCGUCCUCCUCGACAUCGUCGUCGUCGUCCGGAUCAUCGUCGUCGUCGAGCUCUAGCUCCUCGGCAUCUUCGGCCAAUGUCCAGGCUCCAUCGACCAGUGCCACCUUCCCCGUGAACAAUGCUCCGACCACUGGAGCCACGCUGGCGCAGCCGCCGAACGUGCACAGCUCGGUGCCGCAGCAGCAUUGUGGGGCCCUGCCCGUGGGAGCUGCCAUCGAAGACAACAACUACAUGCUGCCCGCCCGAAAGCGGUCUCGCCGCCUCUACACCCAAAGCGGAGAAAUGGGUGCCACAGCAGGUGGCGCGUCGGGAGAAGCUUCAGGGGCUGGAACGUCGGCAUCUGGAAGCACAGGAUGUGCCCCUACGGCGGCCCAGUACCUUCAGUACGAGCUGCCCGACGAGGUGCUGCUGGCCAUAUUCUCCUAUCUGAUGGAGCAGGACCUGUGCCGCCUGGCGCUCGUCUGCAAGCGAUUCAAUACCAUUGCCAACGACACUGAGCUUUGGAAGAGGCUCUACCAGUCUGUCUUUGAAUACGACCUGCCGCUCUUCAACCCGGAACUGUGCAAGUUCGUCUUCGAGAAGCCGGAGGAGUCGGAAUACGCCAAUCCAUGGAAGGAGAGCUUCCGGCAGCUGUACCGUGGCGUCCAUGUGCGUCCGGGCUACCAAGAGCGCCGCUGCUCUGGUCGCAGCAUUGUCUUCUUCAACACUAUCCAGGCGGCUCUGGACUACCCCGAGGACCGGGCUGCCGCCGGAGCCUUUGCAUCAGCCGGCGCUGGCGCCGGCAAUGUGUCUGCUGGGCUCUCGAACACUAGUGCCUCGGCUGGUGGCGCCGGAGGAGGUGGUGCCAGUGUUAAUGCACUUGUCAACAUCUACGAGGAGCAAGUAGCCCCCACCGAGCAUCCCGGCCCGCUGAUAUUCCUCCAUGCCGGCCACUACAAGGGCGAGUAUCUAUUCAUAGACUCUGAUGUGGCGCUUGUAGGAGCUGCACCCGGCAACGUGGCAGAGUCCGUGAUCCUGGAACGGGAGGCCGGCUCCACGGUGAUGUUUGUGGAAGGAGCCAAGUACGCCUAUGUGGGCUACCUAACGCUCAAGUUCUCGCCAGAAGUUACCUCAACGGUGUCGCAUCACAAACACUACUGCCUGGACAUUGGCGAGAACUGCUCCCCCACCGUGGACAACUGCAUCAUCCGAUCCACCUCGGUGGUGGGUGCAGCUGUGUGCGUGGGAGGCGUCAACGCCAAUCCUGUCAUCCGGAACUGCGACAUAAGCGACUGCGAGAACGUCGGCUUGUAUGUCACCGACUACGCCCAAGGCACCUACGAGCACAAUGAGAUUAGUCGGAACGCCCUGGCCGGUAUUUGGGUGAAGAACUUUGCCAGCCCCAUAAUGCGGGAGAACCACAUCCACCACGGUCGCGACGUGGGCAUUUUCACCUUUGAAAAUGGAAUGGGAUACUUUGAGAAGAAUGACAUCCACAACAACCGUAUUGCCGGCUUCGAAGUCAAGGCCGGAGCCAAUCCCACUGUGGUUAAGUGCGAGAUCCAUCAUGGACAGACGGGCGGUAUCUACGUUCAUGAGAAUGGGCUCGGCCAGUUUAUUGAAAAUCGCAUUCACUCGAAUAACUUUGCAGGUGUGUGGAUAACAUCGAAUAGUAACCCCACCAUCCGCAAAAAUGAAAUAUACAACGGCCACCAGGGUGGAGUAUACAUAUUUGGCGAAGGUCGCGGGCUCAUCGAGCACAACAACAUAUACGGCAAUGCGCUGGCCGGGAUUCAGAUUCGCACCAAUAGCGAUCCUAUUGUGAGGCACAACAAGAUCCAUCAUGGCCAGCACGGCGGCAUCUAUGUGCACGAGAAGGGUCAGGGGCUGAUUGAGGAGAACGAAGUCUAUUCCAAUACACUGGCUGGGGUGUGGAUCACAACGGGUAGCACGCCGGUGUUGAGGCGGAAUCGCAUCCACUCGGGCAAGCAGGUGGGCGUGUACUUCUACGACAACGGGCAUGGGAAGCUGGAGGACAACGACAUCUUCAAUCAUCUGUACUCCGGAGUGCAGAUCCGUACAGGCAGCAAUCCUGUGAUACGGGGCAACAAGAUUUGGGGCGGUCAGAACGGGGGAGUCCUCGUCUACAACGGCGGUCUGGGGCUGCUGGAGCAAAACGAGAUCUUCGACAACGCCAUGGCGGGAGUGUGGAUAAAAACAGACUCGAAUCCAACGCUGAAACGGAACAAGAUUUACGAUGGCCGGGAUGGCGGCAUCUGCAUCUUCAACGGCGGCAAGGGCAUUCUCGAGGAAAAUGACAUUUUCCGAAACACCCAGGCCGGCGUUCUCAUCUCGACGCAAUCGCAUCCGAUCCUGCGGCGCAAUCGCAUCUACGAUGGCCAGGCAGCUGGGGUGGAGAUCACAAACAAUGCCACCGCCACGCUGGAGCACAACCAAAUUUUCAAGAACAAGUUUGGUGGGCUGUGCCUGGCCAGCGGCGUCCAGCCCAUUACCCGCGGCAACAACAUCUUCAACAAUGAGGAUGAGGUGGAAAAGGCCGUCUCCAGUGGGCAGUGCCUGUACAAGAUCAGCAGCUACACCUCCUUCCCCAUGCACGACUUCUAUCGCUGCCAAACCUGCAAUACAACCGACCGCAAUGCCAUCUGCGUGAACUGCAUCAAGAAUUGUCAUGCUGGCCAUGACGUGGAGUUUAUCCGACACGACAGAUUCUUUUGCGACUGCGGUGCUGGCACCCUGUCCAACCAGUGUCAACUGCAAGGCGAACCCACACAGGACACAGACACACUCUAUGACUCCGCGGCACCCAUGGAAUCGCACACUCUAAUGGUCAACUAGGCAUCUGAAUCACAAUCUACUAUCUUAAGCUAUACAUAUAUCUAUACUAUAUAAGUUCAAAGGCCAGCUCUCAAUUCUCAAUCGCACAUCUCACAUGUUGCUGUAAAUAUUCGAAGAAAGAAAAACACAAAAAUCAAGAGAAAACUCAAGAAAUAAUACAAUUAAUUGUAUGUAAAUAAUAACUUAAUAUUCUUGCGUUCAAAAUUUAA